AUGGAGAUGCUCAGACCGAUCCAACCAGCGAGUCGCUUCUCAGAGGAUGGCAUGGAUCGCAGCGACGACCCCAAGGCCCCUCACGAGCCGAUGCUAGCAAGUGCCCAACUCUCCCAUACCAUGGACCCAUCCGACCCUGAGUGUCCCAAGAACUGGCCUCUCCAUCGCAAGCUCUACACUUCCUUCGCAGCCUGGAUGAUGGCUGCUUCUGUCGCCUACGGCCUGACUUGCUAUACAAUCGCCAUCCCCCAAGUCACCGCCUCCUUCGACUUCAAUCCCAGCGGCAGCGCAACAUACCUCCCCGUCGGCCCGAUCUCCGGCUACAGCGUUUACUUCUUCGGCAUCGUCUUCGCGCCCAUUUGGACACCUCACGUGGCUGAGCGCAUCGGCCGAUCGAUCAUAUACCUCACUGCACUCCCGCUCUGCGGUGUCUUCCUACUCGGAGCAGGCUUCAGUCAGACUUUCGCCGGUGUCGCUAUCUUGCGCUUCCUCGCUGGUCUCAGCGGUGGACCAUGUCUCGUGCUUCUCGAAGGUACAUUCGCAGACAUCUGGAGUGCCGAGACGACGAACACAUAUUACGCUUUCCAGGUCCUUGCGCAGUUCUUCGGCACAGCGCUCGGCCCGAUCAUCGGCGGAUACCUCGUCGAAGCCACCGACGGCUGGCGCUGGACCCAAUGGAUCUCUGCCGCCGUCUGCGGCGCAGUCUGGGUCUUCGGCAUCGGCAUCAGCGAGACGUACCAGCGCGAGAUCCCGCGUCGCCUGGCAAAGCGUGCGGGUCGCGUACUUGAGCAAGAUCCUGCGCUCUCUGGCGUGACCUUCGGCGAAAUGUUCCGCAUCACUGUCCUUGACCCGAUUCGACAAGUCUUCACCGAGCCCGUGGUUGCACUCUGCACGUUCAUGCUCAUCUUCAACUUCGCCGUGGUGCUGCAGUUCUUCAUCACCGUGCCUGUGGCUCUCGGAAGCGCACCACCUGCUGGACCGGGCUGGACGCCUAGUCAAGUCGGACGGGCGUUUACGAGUGCGAUCGCUGGGUCCGGCCUUGCGGCGCUGGUUGUGGUGAUGAUCGAUCAGGUCACAACGGGGAGUUUGAUGAAGAGAAACAUGCCUACUUUUGCUCAGGUUGAAUACCGGUUGAUUCCGGCCAUGCUCGGACCAUUGCUCGUUACUGCUGGGUUGUUCUGGAUUGGCGCAACCGUCGGCAACCCCUCCUUCCCACCCAUCGUUCCCAUCGCCGGUACCGGCGUUCUCGUCUGGGGCGUCGCCAUGGUCAUCAUGUCCAUCAUCCCCUACCUGUUCGACGCAUUCCCGCCAGCUGGCACUCUCUCCGCUCUCACCGCCGCCGCCUCCGCACGUCUGCUGUUCGCGGGUGCCCUGCCGCUCGUCAUCCUGCAGUUCUUCACUGGCGUGACGCCGAAGUGGGCACUUUUCAUCUUCGGCUUCAUCUCGAUCCCGAUGUGGGUUAUCCCGUUUGUGCUGUUCCGGUACGGAGCGAUCUUGAGGGAGAAGAGCCGGUACAGCAAGGUUUCGAACAUAAUGGGCCACGAGGAGGAGAGGAUGUCGGCUAUGGGUGGCGAGACUGCUUACGAUAACGGAGCGUAA